AUGCCCUGCGUUGGGCUCUGCAGCUGUUGGGGUGGCCGGGUACUGCCCUUGCUUACGGCCUAUGUCUGCUACCUGCUGCUUGGGGCCACCAUCUUUCGGCCGCUGGAGAAACAGGCAGCGGCUCAAUCCAGGGACCGGUUCCAGCUGGAAAAGCUGUGCUUCCUAGAGAACUACAGCUUUCUGGACCAGCAGGGUGUGCUCCUGGGCGGAGACACAGAUAAAGGUGAGGACCAACUGUCAUACCAGACUCGCUCCCUCGCUGAGCUGGUGGACAAUGGCCAAGCACGUUGGCAGAGUGAUAACUGGGCACUAGUCCUCCGGGAAGCCUGGGUGAAAGGCAUGAACCCCAAAGGCAACUCCGCCAACCCCUGUAACGGGGACUUCGGAAGCAGUUUCUUCUUGGCAGGCACAGUGGUCACCACCAUAGGCUAUGGAAACCUGGCGCCCCACACAGAGAUGGGGCAGGCCUUUUGUGUCUUCUAUGCCCUGCUAGGCAUCUCGCUCAGCGUGGUCUUCCUCAACCUGACCACAUUGGACAGGUGGGAGGACCAUCUCAGGCAUUCCCAGCUCCUGCAGAUCCUGGGCCUUGCUCUGUUCCUGAUCCUGGGGACUCUGGUCAUCCUCAUCUUCCCACCCAUGUUAUUCAGCCAUGUGGAGGGCUGGAGCUUUGGCGAAGGCUUCUACUUUGCCUUCAUCACCCUCAGCGCCAUUGGCUUCGGGGACUACGUUGUCGGUGAGAAUGAAAUAAUUAGACCCAGCAAGCAUUACAUCACCAUGUACCGGAGUCUGGCAGCUGUAUGGAUCCUCCUAGGGCUGGCAUGGCUGCGUGUCCUCAGCCUGGGGUUCCUGCUUCUGCACAGGUGCCCCCGUCUCUGGCUGCUCAUCAGAGGUCUGGACCUCAAGGAUGGAGGAGACCCUGACCCUGACGCCAGACCUCAGGAAAUCCCCAAGUGUUCCAGCCACCCAUCCUGCCUCACCACCCCAAGCCUACGUCAUCCCCUGCCCUUCCUCUCCAACCCACACACUUCCCACAAAGGGUGUCUGGAAGGACUGGACACAUGGAGAGGCAGCCCCAGUGCCUCACCCCCAGAGCGUUGA